AUGAGCAACCAACACUUGUUUGACACCGAUUCUGCCGACAAAAAUUAUGGAGAAGAUGUUCGUAGAAUGGGAGAUAUCACAGCAAAAGAAUUAGAGAAGGCAACACAUGGUGGGUCGUCAUCAAGAAGGAGGUAUGUACCGAGAGAACGAGAAGCUGGCCAUAUGCGCCUUAUGAAAGAUUAUUUUUGUGCCACUCCUGUGUAUAAUGCAGAUAAGUUCCAGAGGAGAUUUUGCAUGAGGCCUUCCUUGUUCAACCGAAUCCUAGAACAAGUCAUCAACUACGACACUUACUUCCAACAACGACGAGAAGCUUGUGGAAAUCUCGGUUUGUCCACCAAUCAAAAGUUAAUAGCCGCCUUAUGUAUGAUUGCAUAUGGAACACUUACCGAUCAAAUCGAUGAGAACCUAAGAAUUGCAAAAACCACAUCUAUUGAGAAUUUGAAGAGAUUUUGCCAUACAAUCCAUGCAAUAUAUGGCGAAGAGUACCUUUGA